CCACAAAAAUGCCGAUAAGAAAUUUUCAACAUGCCUCAAGCCUGGAAGGAGAUGGGUCUUCAUCUGGAAGAUUUAUGACGUCGGGUGGUGAAAACUGGAAGUCUCUGAAAGCUACAAGGCCGAUUACCCUUCUUUCGACCAGGAAGAUCAACAUCGGAACAUGGAAUGUGAGGACCAUGUAUGAGACAGGGAAGACAGCACAGGUAGCAACAGAGAUGAGAAAAUACAACUUGACCAUUUUAGGAAUCAGCGAGUCAGGAUGGACAAAGUCAAAGGCAAAGUACUUUAUUUACUGA